AUCUCAUCAAAAGAGUUUACAUCGCCAAAUUUCCGCAAUGGCUGAUCAAAAGGUCCCCACUUUCAAGCUUGUCUUGGUCGGUGACGGUGGUACUGGAAAGACCACCUUCGUCAAGCGCCACCUGACUGGUGAGUUUGAGAAGAAGUACAUCGCCACCCUCGGUGUCGAGGUUCACCCGCUUGCCUUCACCACCAACCUGGGCAACAUCCAGUUCGAUGUCUGGGACACUGCUGGCCAGGAGAAGUUUGGUGGUCUCCGUGACGGUUACUACAUCAACGGCCAGGCCGGUAUCAUCAUGUUCGAUGUCACCUCCCGUAUCACCUACAAGAACGUUCCCAACUGGCACCGUGAUCUCGUCCGUGUCUGCGAGAACAUCCCCAUCGUUCUGUGCGGUAACAAGGUCGAUGUGAAGGAGCGCAAGGUCAAGGCCAAGACCAUCACCUUCCACCGCAAGAAGAACCUCCAGUACUACGAUAUCUCCGCCAAGUCCAACUACAACUUCGAGAAGCCCUUCCUGUGGCUCGCCCGCAAGUUGGUUGGCAACCCCCAGCUGGAGUUCGUUGCCGGUCUUGCCCUUGCUCCCCCAGAGGUUAGCGUCGACGAGGCCCAGCUCGAGGUCUACCGCAAGGAGAUGGAGGAUGCCGCCCAGCAGCCCCUUCCCGAUGAGGAUGACGCUGACCUGUAGAGGACUAAUUCCGACUUGGAAAACGGAAGUCCUUGCGCCCUCUCCCCUUUUGG